ACGCCACGCUACCUUGCCUCCCAUCUAAGCGAAAAGGAAACUCUCUCUAUUUCUAACGAUAAAAUCACUCAUUUCUUUGAUUCAUUUCUACUCUGCAACAACAACAAAAAGCUCAUCACUCCUUUCUCUCUUUCUGAAUCUAUCUCUGUUUCUAGGUUUAGGGUUUAUUUUUUGUGUUAGUGCAGUGUAGAUGGGGCAGCAAUCGUUGAUCUACAGCUUCGUGGCGAGAGGGACGGUGAUUUUGGCCGAGUUUACGGAGUUCACCGGAAACUUCACUAGCAUAGCCGCUCAGUGUCUCCAGAAACUUCCAGCCACCAACAAUAAGUUCACCUACAAUUGCGAUGGCCACACCUUCAACUACCUCGUUGACAACGGAUUUACUUAUUGUGUAGUUGCUGUCGAGUCUGUUGGACGGCAGGUUCCAAUCGCAUUCCUUGAGCGAAUCAAGGAAGAUUUUACCAAGAAAUAUGCUGGAGGAAAAGCUGCAACAGCAGUUGCUAAUGGCCUGAACAAGGAAUUUGGGCCCAAAUUGAAGGAGCAUAUGCAGUACUGUGUGGAUCACCCUGAGGAGGUCAGCAAGCUUGCUAAAGUGAAAGCUCAGGUUUCAGAAGUCAAAGGAGUCAUGAUGGAAAACAUAGAGAAGGUUCUUGACCGUGGAGAGAAAAUUGAGCUUCUGGUUGACAAAACUGAAAAUCUUCGCUCUCAGGCACAAGACUUCAGACAGCAAGGAACCAAGAUGAGGAGGAAGAUGUGGUUGCAGAACAUGAAGAUUAAGCUGAUAGUGCUGGGUAUUCUGAUUGCAUUGAUUCUCAUCAUAGUCUUGUCUGUUUGCCAUGGCUUCAAGUGUUAGUUUCGCCUAUACUUUUUUGGGUUACCACUUUUUGCUAUAGUCGAUAUCGGAAGACAAUGCUUGUAUAGUUUGUGUUUUUGAAUUCUUUUGACACUAGUUUCUCCAUGUGUUGAAGUUUGUCAUUCCUUGUUAUGAUUUUGUUGCGCUCAUGUUUUGAUUUAUGAAUAUCAUAGUUCAAUAGAGUUCAAGAAAUUAGCGGGCA